CGAAGACGCGCAUGUUCGACUUGGACGGUGUUUUGCCUGCCAGCCACCGUUUAAGUCCUCGUUCCCGAAUCCACGUCGAAGGAAACAAGCAUGUCUCGAGAGGCAGACCGAAUUACGUCGGCGCAGCAGACGCUGGACCUUUUGCACGAGUUGUCGCAGCUUCUGAAUACGCAACUCGACAAGGAGACACUGGCAACUUGCGUGCAGCUCAUUGAGAGCGGCGCGAGCCCGGAGGCCCUCGCUGCCGUAAUCCAGGAGCUGAGGCGAGAGCAGGCGACUUUGGCAGCGAGAGGAGUGGCGGGGAGCCUAGGAUGAUCGAAAGAGAGAGAAAAGUCGAGUUCUUGGAGGUCUACAAACUUUUGGGUGGGCAAGCUGCGCCAAUUCGAGCGAUCUUGGACGAGCUCGGUGGGACGGUUAUAGCAGCCGGCUGUAGCCUAUGCCGACUGUCAGAGCCAGGUCCGAAGCUCCACCGCUCGAAAUGAAGUCGUAGAGUCGAUAGAUAUGCACUUUGUCGUAUACACCAGCUGCAUGAAUAUUGCGAGAAAAGAGGUUGAAGCU